AUGACAACAGAGGAUGCUGAUAUUGAUCAUGCUUAUUCACCGUCGCGUUGGUCUCAUAGGAUUAAAGAUCCAGUUGAGGUCAUUAAAAUGCAUACUGAAACCUUGACUAAAGCUUCGCAUUCCGCAAGAACACAUUUACCUUGCCUGCUGAAUUGUUCUGUCGAUGCAGAGACAUCUCUACCCGAUCAUUGCAUUGACUUUUAUUUCCCAUCGAAUAUCAAGACUGACUCGCUUUUAAAUGAUACGAUUGCAGCAAAAGCUAUUUUUGUCUAUAUACACGGAGGUUAUUGGCAGUUCUUUUCCCGCAAUGAAAGCGCUUUCAUGGCACAGACAAUGAGUGAUGCACAGAUUCCAACUGCUGUUGUCGGUUAUCCUAUCGCACCUUAUGUUGAAAUGAACCAAAUUGUUCAAUGUGUUGAGCAAUCGCUGGUUAAAAUACUUCGAUGGGCAGAGAAAUUAUCGGCAAAAAUUUACAUUUGUGGUCAUUCAGCAGGUGCACAUCUUGCCUCGACACUUUUACUUGUCAAUUGGAAAGCUAAGUAUAAUAUCGAUCAUCAACGUUUUGGUGGUUUCUUUCUUAUUUCUGGCAUUUAUGAUCUCGUUCCACUUGUUCGGACAGAUAUUAAUCAACCACUUCGUAUGACUUCAACCAGUGCGAAGAAUCUAAGCCCGUUGUUUCGUCCUCAAGAGGAUUAUUGGUCGGAACUGAAAAAUGUGCCGAUUUUAUGCGUUCAUGGACAAUACGAUUCGCCAAGUUUUCAUGAUCAAAAUCGUCAGUAUGGUGCCUAUUUAGAGCAAAUUGGUUUUACUCGUGUUCAAACCAUUCAACAGGAUAAUUUCGACCAUUUCGAUGUCAUCGAACAGUUAGGAAAACAAGAUCAACCUUUAACAUCAAUGGUUUUAUCGUUGAUGAACACUCCCUAG